CUUCACAACUUUCGAUAUGGCCGAUGGGAAAACCGCCAAGAGCGACACUAUGUUACAAAGCAAUGCUUCGUCCAGCGAACUGGCUGGCUCACUAAGCUCUGAUGAUAUACAAAAUCCUACCGAAGGACAUAGCCACGACCUGAAAAGGAACUAUUCGCUUUGGUCAAUCCUAGGAGCUGGCUUUUCACUCACGAACUCUUGGGUUGGAAUCAAUUCAGGUGGGCCUGUCUUGCUUGUUUACGGCAUCAUUGUUGUAAUGCUGGUCAGCAUAUGCGUUGGUGUUAGUUUGAGUGAACUCGCUAGUGCACUUCCGAAUGCAGGUAAGAUCUAUAAUGCUUCCGAUCUAUUUCAUUGGCAUCUGAACCACCCUCUAACAUACUACUANGGCGGGCAGUACUUCUGGGCCGCACAAUUAUCGUCGAGGAAGUACGCUAGAUUUUCGAGUUAUCUUACCGGCUGGUUCUCGUGGGCUGGAGCUAUCUUCUCGUGCACAUCAACCACGAUUGGAGUCGCAAGUGGAUUAAGUCCAAAAUUUGUGUUUGCGACUUUCAUCAACAACACCGGUUGGACCAAUGCUGGUAUCGCCUUCAUAACUGGAUUGAUCAACGCCAACUGGGCAUUUGCAUGCCUCGAUUGUGCGACUCACCUUGCGGAAGAAGUUCAUCAACCCGAACGUAUGAUUCCGAUCGCAAUCAUGGGUACUGUUGCUAUUGGAUUUGUUACCAGCUGGUGCUUCGUUGUCUCCAUGCUGUUCAGCAUCAUCGGUGAUUUCCAGAAUGUGGCCAACAGUGUGACCGGAGUCCCGAUCCUCCAGCUUUUCUACAAUGCCCUCGACAACACCGCUGGAGCUAUCGUUCUUGAGGUUCUGAUUAUCUGCACAGGUCUGGGCUGUGUGAUUGCUGGACAUACCUGGCAGAGUCGCCUCUGUUUCUCUUUCGCUAGAGACGCUGGAGUGCCAGGCAACAAGUGGCUUCAAAAGAUUAAUCCCAAGCUGGACGUGCCCAUCAACGCACACUUCACUAGUUGCGUUAUUGUCACAAUUGUUGGAUGCAUGUACCUGGCAUCUACAGCUGCUUUCAACGCGAUGUCUAGCGCUUGUAUCGUCUUGCUCUACAUCUCAUAUGCCAUUCCGGUUAUUUGCCUUCUUUGCAGAGGCAGACAGAAAUCACUUACUGGACCCUUCAAUCUGGGAGUUUUCGGACUCAUCUCCAACUACGUUCUACUGGCUUGGACAAUAUUCACGUUGGUCUUGUAUUCGUUCCCGUCAUACAUGCCUGCGACAGCUGGAAACAUGAACUACGUCUGCGUCGUGUACGCAAUCGUUUUGUUCAUCAUCGCAAUUGACUGGACUUGUAGAGGCAGGAAGCAGUACAUAGGGCAGGAGGAAAGACAAGUCGAUGAUGGACAUAACGACAUCUUGACGAAAGCAAGCCCGGCAGAACCA